AUGCAGCUUGCUUUGACUUUACCAAGCUCUGGGGUAUGUAUGUUGCUGCUGGUGUCAAAUCUGCUCCUUUGGGAGCAUGUGUCCUCCAAACCAACUGGCUCUGUGUCCACUGAAGACUUGUAUGAUCGAGUGGUUGAUCAGUCUCAUACUACAUAUUUCCUGGCUGCAGAUUUAUACCAUGAAUUUGACAUGAAAUAUUUCAGGAGCAGUUGGUACAAGACCAGAAUGCCCAGCCUAUGCCACACUGCUUCCAUCCACACUCCACAGUCUCGUGAUGAAGCCCAUGAAACAAAAACGAGGGAAGAUGCAGUUGUCAGAGAACAAGGACAUCAUACAAAAUCACUGAAAUAUCUGGUGUCUGCAGAAGCCAAUCUCUCAGGAGCUUCUGAUAGUAUGCUGAAAAGAGCCAUCAAUGUAAAGGACAGGAAUCAUGAACUUCUGGAAGGACUCAAGACUAUAUUCAACCGAGUGAGCCAUUUCUACAGGUUUUUGGCAUUUUUUAAAAUGGUAAAAUAA